GUGAAUAUAAAUGGAACUUGCCAUGUCUUGGAGGCUUGUGUUGAGCAUGGGGUUAAGAGGCUUGUUUAUGUGAGCACAUACAACGUUGUGUUUGGGGCCGCAGCAAAUGUAUUGCUGAACAGUUAGUUCUAAAGAGCAAUGGGCGCCCUCUCAAAUUUGCAGUAUCAAGUUCUUCGCGCCUUUAGAGAAAGAGAAUCAACACAUGAAUUUCAAUGCUUGACCUGACCUCGUCUAGUUUGUAAGAUUCUGAUUUAUGUACGAUGUUUCUAUGCUAUGUAGGAAGAAGAAUGGAAAUCUCUAUACAUGCGCAAUUCGUCCGGCUGCUAUCUAUGGACCAGGUGAGGAGAGACAUCUCCCCCGCAUUAUAAAUCUUUCGAAGUUAGGUCUGCUGCCAUUCAAAAUUGAUGAAGAAAGAGUGAAGUCAGACUGGGUUUAUAUAGAUAACCUUGUUCUGGCCCUAAUAUUGGCUAGCAUGGGACUCUUGGAUGACAUUCCCCAGAGGGAAGGACAUCCAAUAGCUGCUGGUCAACCAUACUUUAUAUCAGAUGGGUCUCCAGUCAACAGUUUUGAAUUCCUUCGCCCACUACUCCAGAGCCUGGAGUAUGACCUGCCAAAGCGGUCAUUAGCUGUCUCUCAUGCUCUUGUUCUGGGAAGGAUAUUCCAGUUGGUCUACACUAUCUUAUAUCCAUGGUUGAACCAAUGGUGGCUUCCUCAACCAUUGAUGCUUCCUACUGAAGUGCACGAGGUUGGGGUUACUUAUUACUUCUCUUUCCUAAAAGCAAAGGAGGAGCUUGGCUAUGUCCCUAUGGUGAGUCCUCAGGAGGGCAUGGCCGCAACCAUAUCACAUUUUCAAGAGAGGAAAAUGAGAAGUUUGGGCGGGCCUACAAUAUAUACAUGGAUGUUUAGUGUAAUUGGAAUGACUUUGCUAUUUAUUGCUGCAUAUUGGCCAGCUUUCAGACUUGUGUCACUUUUAAGAGAUUUCUGUCUCUUCUUCUUCCGGUCUAUGUGGGUAAUGAGAAUAGUGUUCAUUUUGGCUACAGCAGCUCAUAUUGGAGAGGCUAUGUAUGCGUGGCAUCUGGCAAAAAAAGUGGAUCCUUUGAAUGCAGGAGGCUGGUUUUGGCAGACUCUUGCGCUUGGGAUUCUUUCAUUGCGUUUCCUGUUGAAGAGAGCCAGGAAGUAAGUUGGAGCAUCUAUUGUUGAUAUAAUCUUUUUAGCAGCUGUAUUUACUACUGUAUAAAGGCAGUUCCUUCAUAGGCAGUAAAAUAGGACACAACUAGGGGUUUAGAUUUUUUUGGUAGUGUUGAAAAAUGUGAUCAGAGAUCCUCUUUUUAUUUCUAUGAACAACCACUGUGUCUCUAUCAAAGGAGAUUUGAUUUGAUUUGAUUUGAUCUGCGGGAG